UUCUGCAGCCAAAAUGAAGUUCAAUCCAUUCGUGACCUCAGACCGCAGCAAGAACCGCAAACGUCACUUCAAUGCCCCUUCUCACAUCCGGAGAAAAAUAAUGUCCUCCCCGCUCUCCAAGGAGCUGCGGCAGAAAUACAACGUCCGCUCUAUGCCCAUUCGGAAGGAUGACGAAGUCCAGGUUGUGCGGGGACACUACAAAGGACAGCAGAUUGGGAAGGUGGUCCAGGUGUACAGGAAGAAAUACGUCAUCUACAUUGAGCGUGUGCAGCGGGAGAAGGCGAACGGCACAACUGUCCACGUGGGGAUCCAUCCCAGCAAGGUGGUGAUCACCAGGCUAAAACUGGACAAAGACCGCAAAAAGAUCUUGGAGCGUAAAGCAAAAUCCCGCCAGGUUGGCAAGGAGAAGGGCAAAUACAAGGAAGAAACGAUCGAAAAGAUGCAAGAGUAGAUUAUUUCCUAUUGACACCAUUAAAGAACUGCUAAAAUUUAAA